ACACUGAUGAUUACAACGGACAGACUAUCUCUAAUUGCAACCUCAACAUUAUCUAAAUUACUAGAAAGGGAGAAGAUACUACAACUGGGAUUGAAAUACGAUGAUGACGAAUUAGAUAGCAACUUAGAAACGCUCAAGGAGGGUUAUGAGGUAUUAGCAGACGAUGACAGUGACCAGGCACUCAAAUUUAAGCACCAAUAUCUCAAUCUACUCGAUUUACUAGGAAAGGAUAAACCUUCUCCUAAGCCUGCUAAAGAAAUGCCGCUCACACACCUUCCAAAGUCGACAUCUAUCCAGCAAACACCAUCAACUAGCCAACAAGAACAUCUAUUCAACUAUGACGAUAUGAUGGAUCAACAAGAUACCCACUUAGAUAAUCUUUCACAGUCAAUACACAAUCAACACCAAUUGAGCAACACAAUGACGACAGAACUUGGUCAACAUAAUGAGCUCUUGAAUGACUUAGAACUUGAAAAUUCAAGUCAAAUACAUCAACUUAUUGCAUAACAAUAAUCAUUCUCGUCCUUAUUCUGUUAAUUUUAAUAUUUAAAGUGUAGCCAUAUCAAUCUCACAUGCUGUCGCAAGGUCUUCAAGUGUUGGUUUACUUGAUCCGCUAACCGUCAUAGUAGACAUUUUCUCUCUUGCUUUAGUGUUUGACAAUGAAGGUGUACUUUUAGACACACGCAUCGUGUUAGCCAUUUUAUUCCGAAGUGUCUGCGAGGAUUUGACUCUUGGUAGACUCCUACCAGUGUACAUAUCGUCAGUAUAAUGCGCAGGUGAUCUACCUCGCACAGAUAUAGGCAUGCUUUUAACAGUAGCGACUUGAACAUCUACACCAUUCUCCAGUUGAGCGUAUAAGGUAACAUUUAAGCGGAAUUUUUCCAUCUUCCUGUUCGUUGAGCGCUCGAAUUGUAUACGUUCAAAUUUUACAGCUUGAGCCUCAACAUCAUCACUGGUGCUGUUUAUUAACGCAGUUAUUGAUUCUCUUUGUGGUUUAACUUUCGGUCCUUUCUCGCGAGCUGAUGAGAAUUGUACAAGGUUUACGCUAUCCUCAACAACGGCGUCUUCGUCGUACAUGCUCGCGUUUAAACCUACUUGAAAUGAAAGGAUCGGGAUGAGAUGACCUGAUACUGCCACAAGAGGGUUACUAAGGCUCUCCUCCUCUUGUGCUAUCUUUCC